AUGCUGGAUAACGAAUCAGGUGAAGAAAUUGAUAAGACAGUGGCUGAAUUCGACUUUGCAUUACCCAUAAAUAGAAUCACCAAAGACCUAACCAAAAGACAUGAUGUUCUUGCCAUCUUACUAGACUUGGAAGAAGAUCCCGAGUUGGAUUUCAUAUUCAAAACAAUAGCGUCACUUUGCGAUCCAUUCACCCAACCACAAGAGUCGGAGGAUACCAUACUUUCUGUGGAUUUCAUCUCGGACUUGGUGAUUUCAAUAGUGUACAGCCAUUACGUUGAAGAGAAUGAACAAGACAUCAAGGAAAACAAUGUCGAUAUCCAAUCCAUAAAGUUUGACAUAUCGACCCAACUUUUUACGAUAGUACGUCGUAUCCAUCAGUAUCUUAAUGCAGAAGACGAACUCGAAUUGCGAUUUGUCAAUAACGAUGAAGAACACUAUAAAGAGAACUUACCUCAUUGGACUCCCAACCUAUCCAUAAGCAACGACGAAGCAAAUGCCAAGCUUGUCUAUUCCAUUGCAUGUGUACUACUAUUGUCAAUAUAUAAACUAUUUGUCCCCAAAACAGGCGAAUAUAACGUGGCCAUGAAUCCAUAUUUGCAUUACUUUCUUAAACUUUGGAAGUGUCAUACGAAUAUCAUUCUUCUUGGUCUUGAAAUAGAUCGAAGAAUAGAGUUUCAGAAUCAUGAAAGGGGAACAGAAGAAGAAACUCCAGAGAUAGUUAAAUUAACCUUGAAAGGAUCCAGUUCUAUACGUUAUGUCCUAGCGUGGAUCAUAAACCAGAAUCCGUCACUGACUUUUGAAACAGACUCCAUUUCACCAUUUGACAAAGAGGACCUCCAAAAAGUUACUGUUUUCAAUUUCAUAGAGCCAUUAGCAAAGAAAAAGACAAACGGUGGAGCAUUACUGAUUGAUAUGAGACUUGUUAUUAUUGCAUUAUUGAUUAUAAAUUCAGGCACGAGCUUUACCGCGGCUCAAUAUCAACUUUCUGAACGACCCUCUAGAAAUGAAGAGGAAGCCAGCCGAAGAUUAAACCAAUCAAGAAAGAUUACUGAACUAGGGGAUAUUUUAAUCGAUUUGGAGUAUGAUGACUUGUUUGAUGAGGAUAUCAAGUACAUAUUCGAAUAUGAAUACGAUGGAUCAGACGGAGAAAUUCUGGACCACGAGGAAGAUAAACCAAGUCUUCAUGAAGAUAUUAUAAGUGAUGAAGAUAUACCAGGGAAGAUUGUCGAAGAUGGAAUAGAAUUUGACGAGUAUGGUCGUGACUGGCGAGAUAUGGCACGAGGUGAUAAUUUAAUUUAUCAAGACUCCUUUAGUCUGAUGUUUGACGAAUUUGACAAGCUAGAAGAUAAAGAACAAUCUGAUGAUAUCUUUGCAAGUUGGGAAGAGCUUUACAAUACAUUUGAAUUCUUGAAUACCAAUAGUAUUGACGGGAAUAGCGAAGCCGAGAAGCGGGUUGGUCAAGUUGUAAUAAAUACAAUUGCCAAAGCAGUACGAGAUAAGCUAACAAAGAAAGAGCUCCCACCAAUAACCCCGGAAAUGAUAUAUUCAUACUGGUCAUCCCUGGCUACAGAAAAGGAAUUUGAAAUCACCCAAAACAAUAAUAAAGUUAUAGUUCCCAUAUUUAACAUCACCAAGUUUGAAAUAUUCUUGCAUAACAAUAGCAAGUUAGCUAGAUGUGCCAUGGAUGAAAUGUUAAUGUACAAUGGAUCAAGAAGAAUAUUUAUUUGGUUCAUCACUCAUAAUUUGAAUAUCUCAAACUUAUUAAUUGAUUACGUGUUUCAACUUUUAGCCGGACUUAGGGGAAACUCCAAAACUCAAGGCCCUUAUGUAUUUUCUAGAAAGGGAGGCAAGGUUAUUCUAAGUGAAGUGGAACAGCUGAUGUUACUACACGAGUUCUUAACUAAUAGUAACGCUUAUUUCUCGGCAGCUGAGGGAAUCGAGAUAUCUGAUGGGUACAAAGUUGUGCUAGCUGAAUCGAUAGCCAAGAAGCAGAUACAAGUGAUUUGUUUAAUGAUCCAACAAUUGAUAAAUAUUGGUGUAAUUGAUCUUUCAUUGGUGCACAAUACUGAUGAUGAUAAAGACGAUAUUCAUGAUUAUAGAAAUGAAAUCCAAAUAUUGUUAAUCAAUUGGAUUGGGAAAGUGCCUGAAGCCAGACAAUUAUUUUUCAAAGUCAAGAAUACAGACGGUGAAGAAGAACCCAAGCAUGUUCCAAAAUCCACAAUUACAUUAGAAGAAGAAAAUAAAUUGUUCGAGAGAUACUCCAACAUGUCAACGACAGAAAUCAGUAACGUCAUUGACAAGAAGAAUGUGGAAAUCUUGGACAAUUUUACAUCAAGAAUCGAAUCACACUUGAGUUCACUUUUGAGUGUGCAAGGUAACGGCAACUCCAAUUUGAAACAACUUACGGAUGAUUUCCGGUUCUUCCUUGCUAAUUUCAAUACUCUUUGCAAAAUUGAAUAUGUAGCCGAGACUUUAUUCGACAAGUUUGAACCAGUUCUUUUGACUGGUAUGAUUACAAACGUGGGCAAUCCAAAAGCGAAUAAUACUUUUGAUGCAGAGUUUAAUAACGAAUUCCUAAAUGGGGAAGGUAAAUUCCAAUCUCCUCCAGAAGGAGAACCCGAGUCAAAGAAGAAAAACAAGAAAAAGAAGAAGUCACGAAAGAAAUAG